GGUGGGAGUGGAGUGGAGAGACUUGAGAGAACAGAACAGUCUGUGAUGUGAUGGAAGUAUGGAAGUGGAUUUUUAGGGCGUAGAGUGUUUAGUGCAGUCGUGUGCGAGUUCAACUUUUUAUAAACGUAUUUUUUUAUACUGUGCAUUUUUAUUUCGGAUAUGUUUUUGUAUUGUUUCAUUGUUUUAUGGUUGUAAUUCCUAAUAUUUCCGUGGAAUAAUACAUGAUUACUUCUAGAUCUUCUCACUAAAAUCUCACCAAAUGGCCGAAUAAACUGACCAUCAUGUCUUCAGCUAUCUGUCAAAAUUUCGUCCAAAAUGCUUGGAAGAAAGAACUUUGUUCGAAUUGCUUCAAAUCAAAGGACGAACAUGCAGAACCGCCAAAACCCAAACCAAUCACGUUGAUUUCCAGCGAAAAGGUCGAAGGAAUCAUUAGAAAUUCGGCAAAGUUUCGACCGAAAAGGACGGUUUGUUUUAUGAAAGAAUUGACGGAGAUUAUCGGUUUUGGGGGUGAAGAUUGGGAGUCCGAGGGGGAGGAUUGUAGAGAUGAUGAUUUGUCGUCCAGUGAAGAGGACUUUAUUGCCGAAUCCGAGGAAGAAGAAGAAAGAGAACUGAAAAGGAUAACGAAAGAAAACACUGAUUUUAAUACGAAUAAUUUGAAAGAUGAGGUCAUUGUGAAGAAAACAAGCCAACUUUUAUUGGGAAAACCACUAGUUGACUCCUCUGGACGUAAACAAACCCUACUAGUUUCGGUUACACCAUUUGGUGAAGACACUCAACCUAAAAAAAUCAUCAAAAGUUUAAAAUUGAAAGAGAAUGUUCCUGAGACGAAACAAACUAAUGUUGUCUUGACUUCUUAUACGAAAAAUGAAGAUAAAAAAGAAAAAUCUUUGUUGGAUGAAAUAACUGAGACUCUGGAAAGCGGAAAAAAUCCAAUUCAAAUCAUGAGUCGCAAGAAAACUCAAAAAGAGAUCAUUUUGAGUGUCUCUAAAGACGAAAACAAACCCGAGCGUAAAAGUACUCUUUCUCGCACUCCUGCUUUAAAACGCGACCACGAAAAACCCAUAAUUUACCAAACGUCCACUGCCAAAAUCGAACUACUUAACAACAAAAACAAGUCUAAAAUCGACUUGAAAACCACACCUCCACCCCCCGCCACCGUCGUACCACCCCCUCCUCCCAAAUCGAGUCGGGAGCAAGCCGGCGAGCCCGACGGCCGAGCCGACCCUGAUACAGUAACCGAACCUCCCGCCCUGCCCUUGACUCCUCCCCCUGCCCUCGACCCGCCUACUGUCCUCUACGACAAACCCAAAAUCCCCGCCAAACCGGUUUUGGCUAAACAAAAUUCGACAGGUUCGGAUACCGGGUCACGUGUUAUCAAUAAACGAAAAGCGCCGAAACCACCCGAAGUUCCUGAACCCGCCCCUCGGAAAUUCCUCUCGGUUUCGACUGAUAGUUUAGCAAGUGAAGAUAAAAGGAAGAAGGGGAGGUUUUCGCUAAAGAAGUUUCUUCGGAGGGGGUCGAGUAAGGUCGAUUUGAAGGGAGGGGAGGAACUGGAUGGGCCUCCUUUGCCUAAACCAAGGCUGGUUAUCGUGCAUCCCUCGGAAUUGAACGGGGCUAGAGUCGAAGUGGUACCCAAGGGUGACUACCAGAACAUCCGGUAUUCUGAUGGUAACGACUAUGAGAGUUUCGUACCGAAAAAACCACCACCGCCCCCACGUGACGAUUUGGGGUCAUAUAAACCGCUCCCCCAUCCUCCAAAAUCCAUAGAUGUGCUUAGUAAGCAGAAACAGUACUCCGGGGGAGUCCCUACGAAAAAAACAGAGACAGUGUAUGCGAAUAUAGGGGAAGUACGGUCUGCGAUUGUUCCGAAUAAGCCCCAAAGAACGGCGAGUAUGCGUGAGAGGGAGGCUCAGGAGAAGAAGAAUUAUGAGUCUGUGGAUGGAGGAGAGAAUGUUUAUGAUUAUAUCAGUGGGAGGUCAAGUUCGCCCGAUUCUGAUUCUAGUCCGAAUAAAAACAGUCCUACGAGUAAGACUGCGAGGUUGAGUAAGAGGUCAGAGAGUAGUAUUGAUGUAUCAGGGGAGUAUUUCAAGUAUGGGAAUAUUCCGAGGUCAGUGUCUUUGACAUAUUGUGGGAGUGAGACGGAGUCGGAGAUUUAUUCGCCGUAUAGCUUUUAUGGGAGCGAAUCAGAGGUGACUGAAGACGACCACGACUGGAUCCAAAACGGCCGCACUCACAAACUGCGUUCCCGAAAAGGCCGAAGCAUUGUUCACAAAAACUUAGAAGACAACUACGGGGCCGUCAUCGUCGCCAACCACGAAGCUCUAGCACAAGUCUUGGAAAACAUCCAACAAACCACUCACAUUCAACCGGCACUCAGAGGCCUGAAAACACUCUCCAAUCUGCGAUGGACUGAUUUUUCCGUAAAAUCCACGUCUCAACCUCUGGUCGUCGGCUGUAGAACCUUCCAUCAGGCGAUUUGGAAUACCCAACACGUAACCCUUGUAGUCAACACCGGAGCGUUACCAUCAAGUACCUUAACUUUGGGUACCAGUAGUUUGAUGACUAUUACCGAAUUCAGCGAUUUGGUACCGGCGAAAUUUGUCGGGAACGAGAGUGAAGAGGAGAAGUUGAUUCAAGCCACUGUAGCCGUUUUGCCGUGGCUACAAGUCAGUACAAUUCAGUCGUAUGGAGAAAGUCUGAAAAAGGGGACACAAACGCUUGAAGAAGCCUGGAAAGAUGCAAGUUUUGUCAUGUUGCAAUUGGUGAAUGCCUUGAAGAUUUUACAAGCUCAAGGGAUUGAGGAGUUGUCACUCUCGUUGAACAGUUUUGUGCUUUGCAAAGAAAUGGAUAAGGACAGUCACUUAAGAUUGUGUGUUUUGCAAGGCCUCGGCGAAGACCUCCACCUCGCUCCCACGGACCAAUACGGCACCCUCUGCACCUGCGCCUCCAAAGCCCUCUCCCUCCUCCAACCCACUGCGAAAACCACCCCCCUCCUCCAAUCUCUCCUCAACAACGAGCGCGCCGUCACCCUCACUCAGGUCAAGUCCAUCCUCGAGUUUUGUCUGUGGGGUCCCUCGGACGUCGCCCUUGGCAGCACAAUCCGCGAACGUGAACUCGCUCUCCAACGCUGGCUUGACCUCCAACGCGCCACUGUCCUCCAUGGCCUCGUCUGCGCACGCGUACAACUCACCGUCUACGAGGAAUGCCAUCUGUUCUUCUUGGUGAGAAGCAACGCAAGGAUGAUGUGCGAUGCCUCGCUCUUACUUGAAUCGUCCAAACACAAAUGACACAAAUUCGUUCUCAAAUGUUUAUUUAAUACGGUGUGCAGGCAUUUGUUAAUGUUAAAAAUUUUAUUGUAUAGUGUUAAAGUGUAUAUAUUGUUAUUGUGACUGCCAUUUCGAGGUUUUUGUGUUAUUAUUGUCCUUUUUAUACACAUCAUUAUAAUAUUCUAUACUACAAAUAAAUUAAAAUUGCUUUAUACUUAUUUCAAAAUUUUUUUUGUUAAACAACACAAUUUCAACAAUAAAAUCCACAAUAGUCAAUAAAUUAUUGCUUAAAUUAUUACCUUAAAAGAAAUAAAAUCAUAUUACUGUGUCUAUAAUUAAUCACAUGAAUUGUUUUCAAAUUAAAAUUAAUAAAGAGAUUUCGACCUGA